ACGCGCACAGGCGAGUGGGCGGAACCGUUGUUCCGGGUGCGGAGAAGCAGGGGACUCCAACUCGUGACGGACCAACAUGGCGGCGGCGAAAUAUUAAGCUAAACAACUCAGAUGUAAAGUAAUUUAUUACAUCAUUGUCACGCGAGAACGUUCAUGUUAAAUCUGCAAAGUCCUUCAUUGUCACUAUUAACAACAAAUUAAACGUAAAGGAAACGUGACACCGGAUAUAAACGUUAGCUAAGCUUGAAAAUAACUGUUAUUUACCGGGAGCCGCUGGAAACACGUUAGCUAAAGAAGCAUGUGGGGGGAAAUCGAACCUCCGGUGAGAACACAACAACAACAACAACAACGACCACAACAACAACAACAACAACAACAGAGUCCGCGUGACAGCGAAGAAGAACGGAGCGGAUCACCGGAGGAGCCGGAGACACCGACCUGGAGAUAUGACCCAAUCCGCCGCACUGACACCGAGCAGCCGCCGCCGGACAUCCCGUUCUCGAGUCGGGCGGAGUCCACCUGUGUGAACGCCAUGUUAGACGCGGUGGCCUCCAGCGGGAGCCUGGUGAAGAGCCAGCAGGUGGGGGAGGCUGAGCUGAGCCUGGAGCAGCGGAGACGGGAGCUGCAGCUCCAGUACACACACAGACCCCUGGUGUUCCUGGAGAGGUAUCAUGCGUGUCUGAAGCCUCAGGAUCUGUCAGCGUUUGCCCACGUCUGCUCAGACCCACGAGCUCUGCACUACAGCUGCGUGAUACAGAAACGAGAUGAAGAGUGGACGAACAGAACCCGGGUCAGGAACCAGCGCUACGCAGCCCUCAGGGCCCUGCAGACGGAGGGUCAGUAUUUCAGUGAAGAGCAGAUGCGGAUCAGGGAGCCGCUGUUGUAUGAACAGUAUAUUGGCCAGUACCUGACGGAUGAGGAGGUGCUGGAGCGCUCCCAGGAAGCCAUGCUGGACGGUGCACCGGGGGGACCAGGGGCCCCAGCAGGAGGCCCCGGAGGGCUCGCCCACCUCCUCCUCAACUCCUACCAGGAGCGUCUCAUCCAGAAUCGACUGCAGGAGGAGCAGGAGAGAGAGGAGGGCGCACUGGAGGAGGAUGAAGAUGACGAAGAUGAUGAUAACAGAGUCCAGGAGAAGGAAAAGGAGCCCACAGCGGAGGAGAAGGCUCUGCUCAGGGAGGAGUUCAUCAGUCAGAUGCACCAGCGCUUCUUAGACGGCAAAGACAAGGAUUUCAACUACAGUGAAGUGGAUGAAAACCCGGACUACGACAACUUGGACAUUGUCAGCAGAGAUGCUGAGGAAAAGUACUUUGAUGAAGAUGAGGAGGAAGAGGAUGAAGAGGAUAUGAUGGACUAGCUGCUGCAGUCGUGUGUCACCUCUCGGACUGACCUGGACACCAGCGUUUGGAUCUUCGACACGAAGCUCAUCACCUGCUCCUCAUCAUCUGCCUUUUGGUUGUUGAAGACAUUGGAAGCCUCCACCACACCUGCGCAGGAAGUUGCGGAGGUUGCCAUCGCUCUUGGUUUUGAUUUCAGACGAACCCCAUGGGUAUUUUAAUUUUCAUAGCACCAAAUCAUAACAUACAUCAUCUGUAUGGAAGAGAAAACGUUCAUUAACUGUAAAGGAACAUCUAGAACCAGACAGAGAAGGGGAGGGGGAGAGUUGUGUAAGCAUACUUUUUAAGCUCUGUCAGACUGGUUGUGGUAAUUAAAAUAACAGAGUGAUAUUUAUAGAUGUAAUCAUGUAAAUAAAUGACAGCAGCUCCAGACCAAGUGAGAGUUUCUUCUGAGAACUCUGGACAGUGUCUGGAUGAGUCGAUGAGACAACACAGCAGCAGGAGAGUCUCUCUAGUCGACACUGUGUUCAUUCAACCACGUUCCACUGUCAGGCCCUGUUUACCUUUAAUAAACCAAAAGAGAUUGAUCACAAAACACAGAAAAUCCCCUGAAGCUUCAGACGACAGACUAUGACUAUGACGACCUUAUCAGGGUUUUCUGAGGAGAACGUUAGAUCCCAGACUGUUAAACCCAGAGCAAGGGGACGGUGUCGGGUCGGCACCGAGUCGAGGUCCAGUUCUGACUGUAAAGUUAAAAAGCCGAGUAAAGAGCAAUAUUCUAAUGUGCAACGACACAGACGUGAACUGGGUUUUCAGUUCUCUCCCCAGCUCUGCUCUUCCUGCUGCUCCACACUGACGUUAUAUCACAUGAGCAGAAUGAAACUGAAACUAUGAGUAAGAAAUGUCAGGUGACUGGUUAAAGUUUCACAAGCUGAAGGGUCCGUGGACUUUGCUCACAGUGAUUUAAAGUAGAAAGACAGUGCUUUGAAACAGGAAUAAAGUAAUUUACAGUGGGCAUACAGUGAUUUAAAGUAGUAAAAUUUAGAUUUUAAGUAAAAGUACAGUGAUUUAAAGUAUUAUGUUUAUUUAAAGUAGGAAGGCAGUGCUUAAAAUAGGAAUAAAGUAAUUUGCCGUGGGCAUACCGCGAUUUAAAGUAUUAACAUGUUGAUUUUAAGUAAAAUCACAAUGAGUUAAAGUAGGAAUGAAGUAACUUACAGUAGUAAUAUGUGGAUUUAAGUAAAAAAUACAGUGAUUUAAAGUAGGAAUGCAGGGCUUAAAGCAGGGAUUUGGAGAUUUCAAGUAGGAAUGCGGUGAUUUAGAGUAAGAAUAUGGUAAUUUAAAGUAUGAAUACACUGAUUUAAAUUUAAAUUUCUUCUACCACUGCUCAUUUUGUCCUGAAAUGUCUGAUGUUCUCUAUAGAAAUAUGUGGUAAACAUGGUAAUAAAUCCUAAAUCUUAA